AUGGCUAAAUGCGGAGAGGGUACUCCGAUGUUCUCAAGAAGAGGAAAGUCAACUUCAGUAUAAUACAUGGUAUUCAAUACUCCAAACAUGGUGGCAGAAUCCUCUUUCAAGAAAGAGCAGCGAGAAAAAGAAAGUGGUUUCAGGAACAAUAAAAUAAGCGAACUAGACACUAUUUUCGAGCAAUUUAAUGUAAAAAAAAAUUAAAUCAUAAGCCAUUCAUGGACUAAUUACCUAUAGAUUGAUCAAAUGGAUGAUAUAUAAAUCUAAUUACAGAAUAAAAAUCUCUAAAAACAAGCAAAUCAGUCUCAAAUUAUGUCAGUUUUCAAAUCAGUUCCAAGGGAGUAGUCAGCAUUUUACAAGAUCAAUAAGCCUACUGUGCCACUCAAUGAUGGUAGAUACAAUGUGAAUUUCAACUUGGUUAACAAAAAAGAGUUAGAAGCUGACAUAGCAUAUAAGGAACCUACAUAGCCUAAGCCAAAAACCUUCAUUACUCCAUUCUGCCUUUAGCAAGAAUAAGAGUGUAACUAUAAGACAAGAAUGAGAUUCAGAGGCAAAAUUGAUAAAAAGUUGCUAUUUGAGAAAAAUCAGCAGCAUACUAAUACAAUUGAUAUGCCAUAAUUUCUUAACUAGACAUUUACUCCUGAGGAUAGAGUUGGCAAUGAUAUUAGUCUUUUACAGAGAAGAGACACUUUAUCUGGAAGUUCCCCAAAACUGUAGUAACCAGAUAGAUCUCUGAACACAACUUUAUUUACAAUGAAUAAGGUAACUCCAAUCAAAGAGGCUAAAGAUUACAGAACUUUCCUUGCAUAUUCUAAGCUGAGUUCUCAUGUUAAAUCUCCUCUUCCCUUUGAAAAGAUAGCCAAAAGAGAUCCAAUCACGAAAGGAAUGGUUGUUAAUGAAGAGAGAUUUACUACAUUUAAUACAAUGCCAGUCAUUAUUUCUAAAUAUCUAAAAUCACCAUCUCCAGACUUUUCUAAGACAACCAAAGGAUCCUUAGAUGUAUUUUUGAAGAAUGAAUCAUAAAUGGAUAACGCCUAAAAUUAAAGCUACAAUCCUAAUUUUGAAUUCUUGCAAAAACCAUUGACUUUGGGAAUUCCAAAUUUUAAUAGAUACGUCUCAAGAGAGGUUUAAGAAAGACUUGAGAAAGAUUUGAAUCGCCCAGACAACUAUGAUCAUGACAAAAUUAGUACAGCGAUUUCCUAUCUAAGUGACUAUCCCAGACCUAAGCAGCAACUUAAAUUCGACACUAUUCCUGGAAGAGAGGAUAACAUUAUGUAUAAGAAGUUAGAAAAGAAAGAGGUUAUUCCUGACUCAGUAAGUUUUAAGGACUUCUUGCCUAAUCACAUAAAAUAUUCUCCUUUGAAGAAACAGCAUGCUCAUUCAUUUGUUAGUGAUAAAUUCCAACUUCGAAGACUGACUCAAAACAGCAGUGAGAUGGGUAACAGAAGAAAUAAAUAUGAUGUGGAGUAGUCUGAGAUGGAAUAACAACUUUAUAAAAUUAAGUAUAUAACGCAGUUAUGA